AGCCAGUUACUUCCACAGUUAUCAUCAGUACUAAGCAGCAUGUUGAGGAAAGUUCCAUUUCUACUACUAGUGGUAAUCUUUCAUCUUUUGCUGGGAAUUAUCCCCCCUAGCGCUGGAAUAGUAGGAGGAUAUCCCGAGGAAAUAGAAACAACACCAUGGAUGGUGUCGAUAUCGGUUCAAAACGUCGGUCUCAUUUGCGGUGGGGUAAUUGUAUCACCACGUGUGAUCCUCACAGCGGCAUAUUGCGUUUACCGUCAAAGGCCAAUGGAUCUCAUCAUUAGAGUGGGCUCGAAAUUCACAGAUCGUGAUGGUUAUACGUUGUAUCCGGAAAACGUAAUCACUCAUUCUGCCUUUAAUGCCACCAAUAAAGAAAACAAUCUAGCAUUGCUGACGUUAUCUACCGUCUUGAGAGAGUCACAUAGUGUGUUUCCGAUUCGCAUAAAAGAAGCUACAGAUUUCCUUCCGCUAGGAACACAGUGCAUUAUAUCGGGGUAUGGCAGCACAGAUCCAUUGAAUCCACAGUCGUUUAGUGGCCUGAGAAGUGCGAUGGUCCGUACGAUGGAUCGCGAUAAUUGUGCCCAAAGGCUGUACCCCUGGACGGUCACGUAUUCGAUGCUUUGUGCCAGCGGAAACGGAGAAGAUGGAUGUGCUGGAGACGCAGGUGGACCGUUGAUUUGUGGCGGAAAGCUCACUGCAAUCAUUUCCUGGGGCAAAGGAUGCGGCCGUGAGGGCGGGAUAGGCGUGUAUGCUGAUCUUACCAGUGCUCGAAGGUGGCUGACGGAUUAUGGGGUUCCUUAACUCCUUAUGAUAAAUUCGGUUUAAUAUUUUAUUAGAUAAUUCUAAAUUAGGACAAUUUUUAUUAUUAGUUUCUGGGGUUUAAUUAUAAAUAGAUAAACCACAUUCACAUUCAAGCCCGUGGGUAGUAUGAA